UCUUUAGCCCUUCAGUUUAUGCAACAAUAAUAAUGGCUCAGCUGGCAGGUCCUGAUGAAAUAGAGUCUCUCAGAAUUGAGUUAGCGGAAAUUGGAAGAAGCUUAAGGUCCUCAUUUAGAAGUUACACUUCAAGUUUUCGUAGUAUUACUGAUGUUAACUAUGCUCCUGAUGAUGACGAGGAGGAGGACGAGGGUGGUGAAAAUGAGAUGCAAUGGGCUGCUCUUCAGAGAUUACCAACUUUUGAACGGAUUAACACGGCUUUGUUUGAUGAAAAAGAGGAAGAUGCUACCGGGAAACGUGUUGUUAAUAUUACCAAACUUGGACCCCAGGAGCGCCAUAUGUUCAUUGACAAGCUCAUCAAACAUAUUGAAAAUGAUAACCUCCGAUUGUUGCACAGAAUUCGAAAGAGAAUUGACAAAGUGGGAGUACAGUUGCCCACUGUGGAAGUGAGAUAUAAGAAUCUUANUCCUGUUUUAGGUAGCCUGUGA